AGUCCGUUCAAAAUAAUAGUACUUGUUUUUUUUUACACACACGUCAAUGCGUUAUGUUUUUACUACUUUUUUGUUUAUAUAUUAUUAGCGCUAAUCGCCACUAUUGUGUUUACCGUGUGCGCGAAUCGUUGCGUCAUUAUUCAAUUAGAUUUUGAUAUUUUCCUACAUCCGCGAAUAGCCGUUUGUUAAAAUUGUCUUUACAUGACGUUAUACAAUUUUUAUUAUAUUUUAUAGCGUGGGCGCGAAUCGCCGUAUUGUUACCUAUAGUAAAUUGUGUGUGCAAAUCACCACAUUUCACGUUAAAUAUUAUAUUAAUUAUUAGGUACAAGUGACUACUUGAUUUUAUGUUUACAUAUUUACGUGUGUUGUACGAGUAUUAUUAUUAUUAUCAGCGUAAUAGCCAACUAGCUGGCCAGUCUGCUAUCCACAAAUUUAGGUUAACCAAUUUUCGAAAAAAGGGCUACACUAGAUCAUUGCUGCAAGGACAAUGUCAAAAUUGACAUGGAAACCUUUGUGAGACGUUAAUCUGAAAAUUAUGAAGACUGGCUUAAUGGAAAAGAUAUUGGUUGCCAUCCAGAAGACGACACUUCUCGUAGGAUUGUCCUACAAAAUUUUUUUAGUAUUGUUGGACGUAAGACAAUUCAAAUAAAUGUAGAACAAUAUAGGACAGUUGGCAACCCUAUUAUAAACGUGGUACACUUUUGGACUAUGUGAAUGAGGAUUAUGGAAUAAAAAUUGAUGGAGUUAAUAUAGCUUAUUUUUAUUUUGGAAUGUGUAAAACAUCAUUUUCUUGGCAUUCACGAAGGAAGACCAAAGUCAUGGUGUGCAAUACCACUGGAAUAUGGACAGCGCUUUGAAGGAGUAGUUAAUGGCCUUUUUCCUUCAGAUUUUUGAAUAUGUCCGCAUAUCUUGUACAUACAUCGUACUCGUAUGACAGAAUUUCUUUUCUAACUCGUAUCCGUUUUUAUUUUUUUAAUGCUUUUAUCAUAAUAAAUAAUUCGAAACGGCGACGACCUCGGGCUUAGAUAAGGAUCAUAUACUUGACCAUGUCGGCCAACCGAAUGUGACGCAGCAGCCACGGCUCCGGUCCUGAUCAUCGGCCCAGCGGCUGCACUGUUUAACUGAAAACUGUAAUUUGUUUACUGGCCAUUCGCGGCGAUUGGCUCCGAACAUAUUACAGGUUAGCUCAAAAUGUACGGUGCGUUUUUUACAGUACGACUUAAGGACACAUACCGAUUACUCUAAGAAGUACCAGUCAGUUUUAGGACGCCGCAAUGUCUAUCACACCGCUCAAGAAACGCGUCUGUUACCAUUACGACAGUGACAUAGGAAACUAUUAUUAUGGACAAGGUCAUCCUAUGAAACCACAUAGGAUUUCAAUGACUCAUAAUUUGAUUUUAAAUUAUGGUUUAUAUCAAAAAAUGGAAAUAUCCAGAUUUAAUGAAAUUACUGCAGAAGAAAUGACCAAAUUUCAUAGUAAUGAGUACAUACAGUUCUUAAGAACUAUUUGUCCUAAUAAUAAGAGAUAUUAUCAUAAAAAAAUGCAAAGAUUCAAUGUUGGUGAAGAUUGUCCAGUUUUUGAUGGUUUAUAUACAUUUUGUCAGCUAUCUGCGGGCGGUUCAGUAGCAGCAGCUGUAAAAUUAAAUAAACAAUCUGCAGAUAUUUGUAUCAAUUGGGGAGGUGGUUUUCAUCACGCAAAAAAAUCUAAAGCCAGUGGCUUUUGUUAUGUUAAUGAUAUAGUACUUGGUAUAUUAGAAUUGCUUAAAUACCAUCAACGAGUGUUGUACAUUGAUAUUGAUGUCCAUCACGGUGAUGGUGUCGAAGAAGCAUUUUAUACAACUGAUAGAGUUAUGACAGUUUCAUUCCACAAACAUGGCAAAUAUUUUCCUGGUACUGGAGAUCUCGGAGAUAUUGGUGCUGAAGAAGGAAAGUACUAUGCAGUUAACAUUCCCUUAAGAGAUGGAAUGGAUGAUGAUAGUUAUGAAUCAAUAUUCGUACCAAUAAUUACUAAAGUAAUGGAGACAUUCCAACCUAGUGCAGUUGUAUUACAAUGUGGAGCGGAUUCACUUACAGGAGACAAGCUUGGAUGCUUUAAUCUAACUGUUAAAGGUCAUGGCAAAUGUGUUGAAUUUGUAAAACGUUAUGGGUUACCCUUUCUUAUGGUCGGCGGAGGUGGUUACACUAUUCGAAAUGUAUCUCGAUGUUGGACAUAUGAAACAGCUGUGGCCUUAGGAGCUGAAAUUGCUAAUGAAUUGCCGAAUAAUGACUAUUAUGAAUAUUUUGGGCCCGAUUUUAAACUUCAUAUCAGCCCUUCGAAUAUGAUUAAUAGAAAUGCUUCAGAGUAUUUAGAAAAAAUUAAAAACCGACUCUUUGAAAACUUACGAAUGCUACCUCACGCCCCAGGAGUUCAAGUGCAAGCUAUCCCCGAAGACGGAGUACACAAUGAGUCAGACGAUGAAGAUAAUGUUAACCCAGAUGAGAGGAAUCCUCAAUCUAUUACAGAUAAAAAAAUUUCACCUGAUAAUGAAUUUAGCGAUAGUGAAGAUGAAGGCAUGGCUCCUGGUGUAGGGGGUGGUGGCCGAAAAGAUAAUAGAUCUUAUAAAGCUGUCACACCUGCUAGAAAACAAGCAUGUUUGGACUCGAAUAGGAUAGAAGUCAAUGAACCAAAAUUUGAUAUUCUAAAAGAUGAUAAAGAAGACAAAUCUGAUGAUUCUAAUAAAAAUGAUGCUGUCAAGUCAUGAAUUUAUGACUGAAAUGUAUAAUACAAUUGUAAAAAAAAAAAAAAAUCAGUUUAUUCAGCAGCUGAAACAUUUUAAAUAAAUGGAAGUGAUGACGGUGUUCAUUCAACUACAACAAACAUUUUUUUGAUUUGUGGUUAUUUAAGUUAACAAUUAUUAUUUUUUUUUCAUUUUCAAACUAUUUUCAUCAUUACAAUAUUUAGUAACUUUCGGUAAGUAUAAAAUGUGUAUAGUACAGACUAACAUAAAUAAAUAUUCAAUCAAACAAAUUGUACAUGUUUUCAAUUAUGAAAACUUUUUUACAUGAGGUCAUCAACAAAAUUUACUAAGUCAGCUAUUUAU